GCCGAGCAGAGAUGCUGCUCAGCGGGAACAGAAGGCACAGCCUGCUGACAGGUAGCCAGCACGGACCCUGAGCCAACCAGGUCUCUGGAUUCUCCAGCUCCCGGUGAUGCCCCAGUUCACCUUCGCCUGUUUCUGCGGCCUCCACGGCUUCUGCAAGAUGAAGAGGAAGAAGGAGGAGGCCGGUGGGGGGCAGGAGACGGCCGUGUGAGGGGGCGGGACCCCUCCUGUCCCCCCGGUACGCCGGGGGACAUCGGGUGUCUCCUUGUCACCCCUGUGAGGAGC